AUGGACGAAUUAUUGGCUAAACAUAAGAAGGAGAACCGAGAUCUCAUCGCCACAACCACAGGCUUGAAGAAACAAGCUACCAAGAAGACAAGAAAAAGUGUUCUUCAGAAAUGUGAAGAGAUGGAGAAAUCACUCUUAAAACGUCAACAGAAGGAAAUAAGAGAACUAGAAAAUCCUGACGAAAGCUCUGAAACGACUUCUGCUGCAAUUGAAGAAGAUGAAGAAUUAACACCUGAAAUGUUAUUACAACAAAUGGAAGCUACAACAAUAUCUCAGGUAACGCCUGAAGAAAAAUCAUCAGAUCAACGUAAGCCAAAAAGAAACAGACAAAAAGAAAGAUUAGCUAAGAGAAAGGAACAGUUAGAACAGAUUAGAGAAGAGGCAAUCAAAGAAGCAGAGGGCAUGAUAGAUUACAGAGCUAUUGAAAUUGAAAGUAUGGCCAAAAUUUUGGCCAUCAAUAACUUAAAAUUACAUGAAAUCAAACCUGAUGGGCAUUGCUUAUUUGCCUCUAUUCAGGAUCAACUUCAAUUGAGACAUCAACUACUGACAACUGUUGAUGAGUUAAGAAAAAUGUCAGGAACCUAUAUUUUGGAUAAUAGAAAUGACUUCAUUCCAUUUAUGUUCAAUGAGAAAACAAGUACAUUAGAUGAUUUGGACGAGUAUGUGGAACGAUUAACGACAACCCCUAUGUGGGGUUCUGACGUCGAGAUACUAGCCAUCGCUCGUAUUUAUGACUGUCCUAUUUCGAUAUUUUCUGCUGGUUUGUCAACUAUAAAGAUGAACGAAGACGGGCAAAAGCCAGAGUUAAAACUAGGAUAUUAUAAACACUCGUAUGGUUUGGGUGAACAUUACAACUCUUUGCGAGAUAUCAACGCCUAA